AUGUCACGGAGAUACGAUUCCAGAACUACCAUCUUUUCCCCCGAAGGUCGACUCUACCAGGUUGAAUAUGCGUUAGAAGCCAUCUCGCAUGCCGGUACCGCCCUAGGAAUUUUGGCCAAAGAUGGAAUCGUCCUCGCAGCGGAGAAGAAGGUCACCAGCAAGCUACUGGAGCAGGACACAUCUGCGGAGAAGCUAUACACGCUGAACGACAACAUGAUCUGUGCUGUUGCUGGUAUGACGGCAGACGCAAAUAUCCUUAUCAACUAUGCCCGACAAGCUGCCCAGCGGUAUCUUCUUACCUACAACGAAGAAAUUCCUUGCGAGCAACUUGUCCGUCGUCUGUGCGACUUGAAGCAAGGAUACACCCAGCAUGGUGGUCUCCGUCCCUUCGGUGUUUCGUUCAUCUAUGCCGGCUACGACCCUCUCCGGGAGUUCCAACUGUACCAGAGCAACCCCAGCGGUAACUACGGUGGCUGGAAAGCAACUAGCGUGGGAGCAAACAAUGCUAGUGCUCAGAGUCUGCUGAAGCAAGAUUACAAGGAGGACUGCGACCUGAAGGAAGCCUGCGCUAUGGCCGUUAAGGUUCUUAGCAAGACGAUGGACUCGACCAAGCUGAGCAGUGAGAAGAUCGAAUUUGCUACGGUGGGAAGGACGCCGGAAGGCAAGAUCUACCACCACCUGUGGAAUGCUGAUGAGAUCAAUGCCCUUCUGAAAGAACAUGGGCUGGCCAAGGUUGAUGAUGAGCCCGAGGCUGGCGAGAUUAAAUAA